AUGAAUGCGGCCAAGUACAGAGAUAUCCUGGAAGAAAACCUCCUCCAGAGUGCUCAGGACCUCAGACUGGGCCGAAGUUCUCCAUUCUCCAUUGUUCCUAAAACAAUAGGCUGCUGUUUGUUGUUCCCUCCUCAGGGAGGAGCUGGAGAGGUUUGUGGGGAACGGCACCCUGACCUACCUGAAAGUCAGCUUCUCCAGAGACGUCUCCGAGGGGACCCAUCCCGAGCCCAGCCAAGCCCCAGAUACGUCCAGCACAACCUGCUCCUUCAUGCCAAAGAGGUCGCCAACAUCCUGCUCAAGGAUAAGGGCUACUUCUAUGUCUGCGGAGAUGCUAAAAACAUGGCGAAGGAUGUUAACGACGCUCUCAUGGACAUUAUCGUGGCGGAGACGGAUGUGGACAAACUGGGGGCCAUGAAGAUGAUGGCCACCCUGAGGGAGGAGAAACGUUACCUGCAAGACAUAUGGGGCUGAAUCACAUCUACAGAAACACCCUUGGGGUGCUGACCUGAGAUGGCCUGUUCAGACGAAGAUGUUUAAAGGGGUCAGAGGUCACGGUCUACCUUCACCCCCCUCAGUUCACAGACUCUACAUGUGACUCAGUUGAGCAGUUUGAGAUUAUGAUCAUCAGCAAACUAGUUUAGGAUUGCUCAUGUAUUUGUAUGUGCCAGGAAUUCACAUAUGUAUGUGCAUAUUAACACACACACACACACACCAACAAACCGGUGCCUUGCAACCAGACUCUCUAAAACUGUAAUGUAUGGUACAUUUAGGAUUACUUGUGUAUUUGUGUGUGCCAGGAAUUCACAUGUAUAUGUGCAUAUUAGCACGGACGCACACACACAAACCUGUGCCUUGCAACCAGACUCUCUAAAACUGUAAUGUAUGGUAUAUUUUGCCACAGAAAUAAUUUGUGGUGAGAAUACUAUUCUCUAAACUGAAAGCUUCAGUAAUAUCUGAGAAAGAGACAAAAAUUGUUUAGCGAUACUGGUAAAUUCAGUGCCAUACACUUAAUAUAUUAUUUCAGAUAUAAAAACGGUGUCAGGUAGAAAUUAAACUGUGGCAGGCUCAGUUCAGUGAUUUAUUGCAAGACUCUGUACAAUAAACCCCCCACCCCACCAUCAGCACCCUUUCUGUAAUAAAUCUUACCUUUCAACUGGUAGCCUGGUAGUGAAAGAUA